AUGGCAAACCCCCGCAUCGACAGCCUUGACGCCUACUUUGAUGGCGUCUUGAAGAGGGAGGCUGGCCACGAAGUGCCGGAGUCUCUUCAAGACGCUUUCUACAGGUUUGUCGAGCGGUUCAAUGUUAAAAGCCCUACCGCUAGCACCGCUGCCUCCUCUCUUGACCACCAUGCGAACGAGACCAACAGAACCUUCACAUCUUUUUCACCAACGAACCCCUUUUUCAACACAAGGCGCAGCACCACCAGUCGUCUCCUGCCGCCGCCUUCAGAUCUUACCGACUGGGAUACCAUCCCAUCGCGUGAGAGUCAGAUCAACCCAGCCCUCAUCCAGCGCAAGGCCAGCCAGCGUCAAGCUCCCUUCUUGGAGCAUCUCGAAUCAGAAUCCCGACUCUGGCAACAGCGGUACAACAAGGUGGUUGAUGAUGAGGCUCAAGCUGUGGCCGAGGCGGCACGUGACGCCGUUCUCCAACUCACCCCCUCGAGACGAUCGGCCGGUCGAGAAGCGACCGAGAAGAAGCUCCGGGCCGAUUACGACGUCCUCUUCACCGCGUACCAAGAGACGUGGGAACAAUACAAGGCAGCUGCAAAGGAAGCAUCCACUCACCUGAUGGGGCUGGAGGACCUGAAGGUCGAGAUGAUGCAGGUAUUGGUCGGCAUGGACAGUAUGAGUGAGGAGGGCAUCGAGGACACGGACAAGGAGCGGUUGUCAGGGACGGCCGAGCCCGCUAAAGCCCCAGCCCCGCCGUUGCAGUCACCUCGAACGCCCAGGCGUAACGAGGCUGGCGGCGGCGAGGCUGGCGGCGGCGGGGAAGAGGAGCGGUGGAGAUUUUCCGAAAUCCACGCCCACAGCGGCGGUAAAAGGUCCACGCGUCGUCGCGGGCAGGGAUCGAGAGGCAACAACAACAACAACAACAGCGUCAACAACGCAACAAGGGAAUCGCCUGAAGUGAUAAAUGGAUGA